CCUGCGCCGCCUCUGCCGCACCAUGGCCGCUUCCCGCCGUCCCGCGCCCGCCACCCACCUGCUCUUUGAUAUGGACGGGCUCCUGCUGGACACUGAACGUCUCUACACUGUUGUAUUCCAAGAAAUCUGUGAGCGUUUUGGAAAAGCCUACACGUGGGAGGUGAAAUCCUUAGUCAUGGGUAAAAAAGCAUUGGAGGGAGCACAGAUUAUUCGAGAUAUUCUAGAGCUUCCGAUGACCAAAGAAGAGCUGCUGCAUGAGAGUAAAAUGAAGCAGGAAAAAAUAUUUCCUAGUGCUGCAUUGAUGCCAGGUGUUGAAAAACUGAUCCGCCAUCUACACCAGCACAACAUCCCCAUUGCUGUUGCUACAAGCUCAGCUAGAGUGACAUUUGAGAUGAAAACAAUGAAACACAAAGACUUCUUUACUUUAUUUAAUCAUAUUGUAUUGGGAGAUGACCCAGAAGUGAAGAAUGGCAAGCCACAGCCUGAUGUGUUUUUAGUAUGUGCAAAGAGAUUUCACCCACCACCUCCUCCAGAAAAGUGUCUUGUGUUUGAAGAUUCUCCCCUUGGAGUCAAAGCAGCAUUGACAGCUGGGAUGCAAGUAGUUAUGAUCCCAGAUGAAAAUUUGAAUCAAGACCUUACAAAAGAAGCAACUGUGGUUCUGAAAUCUAUGGAGGACUUUAAACCAGAAUUGUUUGGUUUGCCACCAUAUGACUAAUCACUAGUAUAUCUCAAUGUGUUCUUGGUUUGAGGGAACAUCAGAGGUGGGGUAAAAACUCAAAGUACAAUUUAUCAUUAUUUUGAUCACUAUUUUUCCC